CCCUUUGCGCGCCUUUUGCCUUCGAUGGAAGCAGCGUUCGGAGGCGGCCGUAAAGAACCGAGUAGCUGCGCAAGCGCUUUUUGCACCUUGGCUUUUCCCCCCUUUCCUCUUCCCUCCUCCUCCUUUUUUUCCUCUAUAGCUGCCACAAAGCAAAUGCAGAAUGGCUUCUCCGGUUCUGGAGGCUGUGAAAGGCGAGCUGAAGAUGUUUGGGCUGGACUUUGCAGAGGAGGAAGAGGAGCCUGCAUUGGCAGAGAAGCUGGAAGAGCUUUGCUUGCUGCACCGGAUGAAAGAGACCGAACUGGCGGAGGAACUGAUCGCUUUUGCCGCGACAAAAGGGACCGUUUCUCUGACCGCCAACUUUCUGCUCGACUUCCAAUACAAUGUGCUUAAUAAGCAAAGUGUGAAACCUCCGGUUAAAAAAGAGACCCAUUCUUCCGGCACGAAAGAGACGGACAUCGUACCAGGGCAGGCUGAUCUGGAUGAGGACGAUGAGGAUCUUUUGGAUGCCUACACAUCCCCAUCAAAAGCCACACAGAAACAGGAGAUAAAGACCCCAGAGAACCCACGUUCCAAGCGGACGCUUUCCACCCGCAGCCCCCAUUUGGCGUUCUCCCCCAAUAGCUUCUCCCCCAGCGCUACCCCUUCACAGAAAUACAGCUCUCGGAGCCACCGUGGAGAAGUGGUUACCUCUUUUGGCUCCGUACAGGGCACCUCUUGGAGUGGGAAUGGCGGCUUGAAGACCACCGUGGCGCCGUUUGGAGAGCCUCUCACCAAGCCCUAUAAAUUCAUGUUCCAGGACCUGAUGGAAAACAGAGACGUGCUGUCAUAUAAAAUUGAAGAAUUGGGGGAAGCACUGAAGGAGCACUACAAAAUAGAAGAAUUUUCCUCUUUGACCAUCCCUGUCCAGAAUCAGGUGACGGUUCUGGGCCGGAUCGGCUGCGAUUCCAACGGCAAACUGAACGCCAAAUCAAUCGUCUUGGAAGGAGACCAAGAACAUUCUUCAGGUGGCCUUCUUCCUGUGGAUGUGUCCGAACUCCCAGAGUAUUCUCUGUUUCCCGGACAAGUUGUAGUUAUGGAAGGCAUCAACAGUACCGGCAAACAGUUUUUUGCAUCCAAGCUGUACGAGGGAGUGCCGCUUCCUUUCCUUAAGCCUCCAGAGUUGGAUGAAGACUCCGAGCCCCAGAUGGUCCUGGUUGCCUGUGGUCCUUAUACCACCUCAGACAGCAUCACCUACGACCCCAUGUUGGACCUAAUAAAUGUUAUUAAUAAGGAUAAACCCGACGUUUGCAUCCUGCUCGGCCCUUUCCUUGACGCCAAGCACAAGCAAGUCGAGGACUGUCAGUUCACCAGCUCCUUUGAAGACAUCUUCAAGCUGUGCAUGAAAACCAUCAUUGAAGGGACCAGGAGCGCCGGGUCGCGCCUUGUCAUUGUCCCUUCUCUGAGAGACGUCCACCACUUCUACAUUUAUCCCCAGCCUCCGUUCUCCUACGAUUUGUCAAAGGAAGACGAAAAGAGGGUGCUCUUUGUCUCGGACCCUUGCACUUUGGAGAUCAACGGGGUGCUUUUGGGCCUGACGUCCGUGGACCUGCUUUUCCAUAUGGGCUCCGAAGAAAUUAGCAGUUCUUCCAGUGUCUUGGAUCGCUUUUCGCGCAUUCUCAAGCACAUCCUGACCCAGCGGAGUUACUACCCGCUCUACCCUCCGGCCGAAGAGAUGAACAUCGAUUACGAGCAUUUCUACCCGUACGCAUCUUUGCCCGUCAUGCCCGACGUAUUGGUUACUCCGUCGGAUCUGAAGUAUUUCAUUAAGGACAUCCUCCAUUGUGUCUGCGUCAAUCCUGGACGUCUAACCAAAGGCCACGUCGGAGGCACAUAUGGACGCUUGUGGCUCCAAAGAAAGGCUUCCAGGGAGGAAUGCCAAAACCCAUGCGUCUCGGCUCAGGUUGUGAGGAUCUAACCCUCAUCUCUGCCCAUUGAGGGUUUGCAGGAGUUUGAGCAAAAUGCAUCUCAGAGAUGAAGUGGGAAGAGUUAAAGGGGGUUUCUCCUCCAGGAUUUAGGUCUGCCAAUGCUUGGAUGUGCACCCGGUGCCUUAGCAGCCACAGAUGCCAUACGUCCAGGACGGAUGGUAACAAUCCACUUAUGGUCUGCUGCAAUUUCCACAAUCUGGUUGGCGAGCAAAGAAACUGAAUGUUGAUGCAUAGACUUUGGCAAUGUUAAACAAAGCAUUUUUCACUCAUUGA